AUAAAGUCCCCCCAACACUUAUUCUUGUCAAGGGCGAUUCCUUCCUAACUUUGCACUCCGCUUCCCUCCCCUCCCCUCCCUCUCUCCCCACUUUCUCUGACUGCCUGGGGCAAAGAAGCAACGGACUCGCUGCCCAGCUGAGCAUCCCACCCGGAGUGGGGGGAGGGCAGGCAGGGAGACCCCCGAGUGGGCGGCGCUCUCCGCCCUUUAGAGAAUGGGAGGAGCUGGACGGAGAGGGGAGGAGCUACAAGCACUUCCUGGCUGGGGUCGUUCCGGGGAGGGGGAUCCACGUGCGAGGCCGGGAAGGAAGGAAGCUUAGCCGGCGGGGCUGCGAGGAAAGCGGGCAUCUCUUUUCCUGCGCGCAUCUCUUGGACCGAGGAACAGAGCCGCCUUUCCCUGCGGGCGCCUCAGACUCUCAUGGCCUCGUCUUCAUCUCUUGGAACCUCAGUUCUUUGUAAUCGAGGAUUAACAGCGGUUGAGCUUCCAAUGCAGGAAUUGAUAUCGCUUGAGGAUGUAGCUGUGGUUUUCUCCGUGGAGGAGUGGGCCCUGCUGGAUUCUGAGCAAAAAGCCCUGUAUCAAGAGGUCAUGCAGGAAACCAAGAGGAACUUGGCCUCCUUAGGUGACGGAUGGGAGAUGGAGGAUUCUGGCCAAGAGGCAGCAACACCUUUGCCAAAAGAGAAAAAGGAAGUUGCAGAAAAAAUGAAUGGAAAGAAAAGUUUGGAGGAAAACCAAUUAAGGGUUGAGCUAGAGAACUGCACUAGUUUACCUUCUGCAGAUACCAAUGUCUUAUUGGACACGGAUGAUUGCCAAGAAAAAGAAGUGUGUUCAAGGUGUGGGAAAACGCUUCGAGAUGAAUCUGGAUUAUGUGACUGUUGUAAAAGCCCUGCUGGAGAGAAACAAGAUGAAAGCAGGCAACGCUCCAGAAGGACCCUUCCUCCUCCUUUACAUGAAAGAAGACAAGAAGGAGGGGAAAUGUACAAAUGUACAGAGUGUGCAGAAAGCUUCAGUACAAGCCGCUCCCUUGCAUUGCAUAAAAAUAUUCACAAAGCAGAGGAUCAACACAAAUAUCUGGAUUGUGGAAGAACCUUCAGGCAGAAAAGUCACCUUAAUUCACAUAAGAAGGUCCACGAAGAGAGGAAGCAGCAUCAAUACAUUAAUUGGGGAAACAGCUUCGGAAGCAGCACCUCCCUUACUUCCCCUCAAAGCCUCCACAGAGAGGAGAAGUUGCAUCAACGCAGGGAGGGUAGAAUGAGGUUUCCUGGAAGCAAGGAACCGAAUUCCCGGAAAAAAAGCCCCACUGGAAAGAAAUCAUGUAAAUGCCUGGAAUGUGGGAAGAGCUUCCGCUCUCCAAGUAAGCUCACUUACCAUAAUAGGAUCCAUACAGGGGAAAAGCCAUAUCAUUGCACGGUGUGUGGAAAGAGCUUCAGGACCUCCAGUGCCCUUAUUUACCAUAAAAGAAUUCACACAGGAGAGAAACCCUAUGAAUGCUUGGAGUGUGGAAAAAGCUUCAGCACAAGUAGUGCUUUAACCUUACAUAAUCGGAUGCAUACAGGGGAGAAACCUUAUAAAUGCCUGCACUGUGGAAAGAGCUUCAGUCAAAAAGUUCAUCUUAAGUCACACGAGAUGAUCCACACGGGGGAAAAACCAUUUCAAUGCACGGAGUGUGGAAAGAGCUUCCGUUUCUCAGCAAACUUUAAUGUCCAUCACAGAAUCCACACAGGGGAGAAGCCCUUUCAAUGCCUGCAGUGUGGAAAGCGUUUUGCCAAUUAUGGUGCCUUUUAUGCCCACAAAAGGCUCCACACAGGGGAGAAACCAUACGAAUGCCGCGUGUGUGGGAAGAGAUUCAAUCAAAAAAACCAGUAUAUUGUACACAGCAGAACCCACACCGGGGAGAAACCAUAUACAUGUCAUGAGUGCGGAAAAAGCUUUAGACAUAAUAAUUCACUCAGGGGCCAUAGAAGGCUUCACUCAGGGGAGAAACCCUAUAAAUGCCCGGAGUGUGGAAAAUGUUUUAGUAUGAGUGGCCACCUUACCUCCCACAAUAGGCUCCACACAGGAGAGAAGCCAUUUAAAUGCAUUGUGUGUGGAAAGAGUUUUCGAGAAGGGAAGAAUCUUACACUCCAUAAAAGAAUCCACACAGGGGAGAAACCCUAUAAAUGCCUGGAGUGUGGAAAAUGUUAUAAUCAGAGUGGCAGUCUUACCUCCCACAUGAGGAUCCACACUGGAGAGAAGCCAUUUAAAUGCAUCGUGUGUGGAAAGAGUUUUCGAGAAGGGAAGAAUCUUAUACUCCAUAAAAGAAUCCACACAGGGGAGAAACCCUAUAAAUGCCUGGAGUGUGGAAAAUGCUAUAAUCAGAGUGGCAAUCUUUCCUCCCACAUGAGGAUCCACACAGGGGAGAAGCCGUAUCAGUGUGUGGAGUGUGGAAAGAAAUUCAGAACCAGUAGUAAUCUUACUCAACAUAAGAAAACGCACAGCAGGAAAAGAUGACCUGAUGUCGUGUCCCACUCCUCCGCUGAUGGCCGGGUCGGGGAAGUCCAUAUCAAGCGUGCCUCUGCAGCUCUGCCAAAGUCCUAUCAGAGUUCUCAAGGCAGGCAGGAGACCAGGAAGUGACUUCAGCAAUCCAAGUUAGACUUUGCCUGACUCAGAGAAUGCCAGAAAGCAGAUCCUUUAUAUAGGCCAUGGGGUGUGGCUCCAUGACUCAGCACUUAUCCAGGCCUGCCCCUCCCUUCCUUUUGGUGAUGUCGCCUCUCCAUUCUCCGGAAGCGUGGGUCUAUCCAUUGCAUCGUUUCGUCUCCAGCUGUUGGUAAUCCCAGCUCGUGGCUGGCUUCUGGCGCACAUGCUAUCGGAGGGAGGUUUGUUUGUUCGGCCUGUCCGGGCAUGGUGCCAGGACUGGGGGCUGGAGGCAUGCCAGGACAUUCUUCAGCACUAUCAGCGUCUGGCAGGAGAUAAGAGGGGCCCGGCUGCGGCAGGGGGAGCGAGCGAGACACAACACCUGAAUUGGUUUGUGUUGAUUCUCAACAUUUGCUUAACGCCCCUAGAAGUGUUCCAGGAGAAUCUGUAGAAACCCUUGGAGUAUUGGAAGGGCUUCCGAAGAAGCAGAAGCUUUUUGAUCCUUUAAAAAGGAGAAUUGGCUUGUAUAACUAGGAACUAACUUUUGGACAAUAGAUCUUUGUGCUAGAGUCAAAUUGAAUAGAAAUAAUAAUAGAGCGAGAUGGGAUGGGAUGGAACAGAAAUAGAAAUAGAAUAGAAACAGAAAUAGAAUAGAAACGGAAUAGAAACACGGUAUGUAAAACUAAUCCUCCAGAAAGCAAGACUUUUUGGCAAACAAAGCAUGUCUUGCUUCAAACUCUACCCCUUCUUCACCCAGCCACCCUUUCUCUCUUGAUCAGCUUUGGUGACUUACUUGUGCAGGCAAGCCCUUACACCAACAUGCACUCAUAACUCCUUCUCUCCUCCUCUCUCAUACAAUCAGACACACAAAGUCUUAGGUUUGAGUUUUCUGAGCUCAAAUUAUGACUCCCGUACUAUAAAUUAUAAUUCCCACCAUAUAGAUUUAUGGAAGAUGUUAACACUUGUCCUUUGCAGAUGCAGACCACUGCACCAGAUGUCCAGAAGAUCAACAUCAGAACAAGAACCGAGACCAAUGUAUCCCCAAAAUCAUCACCACUUUGUUGUAUCAGGAGAAUUUGGGGGUCAUCCUUACCUCCUUUGCCCUCUUCCUAAUCUUAACCUCCAGUUUUGUUUUGGGAAUCUUCAGUAAAUACCGAGAAACUCCCAUCGUCAAGGGCAACCACCAGGAUCUCUCCUAUGUUCUCCUGGUCUCCCUACUGCUUUCUUUCUGCACUUCCUUCCUUUUUAUUGGUCGGCCAAGGAGGGCCACUUGCCUUCAUUGACAAACAGCCUUCAGCAUCACCUUCUCAGUUGCUGUCUCUUCUGUCUUGGCGAAAACAAUCAUGGUGGUGCUGGCCUUCCUAGUCACAAAGCUAUCUGGUUAGGAGUCUUUGCCCCCUUCCCUGGUUCUGACAUGCAUUCCCAGUCCAGGGAGAUCAUUCUGCGGUGCAAUGAAGACUCCACUGUUAUGUUUUACAUUGUUCUCACCUACAUGGGCUUCCUGGCCACCAUCUGUUUCAUGGUGGCUUUCCUAGCUAGGAACCUCCCAGGGGCCUUCAACGAAGCCAAGUUGAUCAGUUUCAGCAUGCUGGUCAUCUGCAGCAUCUGGAUAUUCUUUGUACCCACCUACUUGAGCACCAAGGGAAAAUACAUGGUGGCCGUGCAGGUCUUCUCCAUCUUGGCUUCCAGUGCUGGUCUGCUGGGAUGUAUCUUCAUCCCCAAAUGCUACAUUAUUUUACUAAGACCAGAUCUAAAUACAAAAGAGCAGCUAAUAUUGAAAAAUGAAAUGGGAAACUGAUUCUGAUGCAAUUUUCUUUUUUUUUUCCAUAAAAAAGUUUUAUUUUUACAAUCAUGUCAACUCAUCCAAUGUACAGUUAUAUACAAUUAGUCGGGCUUGCCCAGUCACCACCCCCCUUUUUAACACUCUUCCCUCUUCUACCUUCUUCUACUUUCCAGACCUUCCUCUCCUUCUCUUAUCUACAUCCUCUCCUCCCUCCACCCUACACCUUCCUUCUCCCUCUUCUACCCCUCUUCCUUCCUCUUCUCCUCUUUCCUACCUCCUACUCUCUCUU